GAAAAUAAAUAAAUACAGUAUACAUAUAUUGUAUAUUUUGAAAAACACAUUUCUGCAUUUGUUGAGUGUAUUAUUAUUAUAUCUGCAUAAUGGUCAAUGAGCUGAACAGACCACCAAAUGGGGACAAUGCCGCCCUCAGUGAGCGCCUGGCCGCCUCCAAUCGGCAGCUUCAGGAGAUGCAGGAGGAACAUCGUCAGCUGCUGGAGGAGAUGGAAACCUUGAGAACACGCGCUGCAGAGCUCACCCGACUGAAUGCCCAGCGCCAGCAGCUAAGGCAGACAGGCCACGGAGAAGAGCAGCAGCCUCUGGCAGCGCCGCCCAGCCCAUCAGAAACGCCAAUCGCAGCUCCAGUCGAUCCCGAACCAGUGGCCGCCGCUUCUGCAGAAGGUGUCCAAAAAGAGGAAGAGGAACACUGCGAUGAGAACAAAGAGGAAACAGCUAGUUAUCUGCAGGAAAAGUUGAAUGAGAUUGCCAACCUGAAGGCCCAAUUCAAACGAGUCCAGCACAUGGUCGAUACUACAAACCUGAUCGAGCAGCACGUGUCCACCAGGGAAUCUUCGCAGACCUCCACUAUCUCAAGUCAGAGCAGCCGACAAACGACAAGCUCAUCGAAUGCCACCAGGGAAGUUCGAGUGCCAGCCGGGGCGGAAGAGGCGCCCCAGCUAGCUCGCACCGCCGCUGCCCCAGAUAACGCGGAGCUGCUGAAUUCAAUGCUAAACAUGUUUACGGAUUUCACCAGUGACCUACGCGGCCAGGCGGAGAGUCUGCGGGCGGAACGGGAUCGCAUUAGGACGCUCAAAGAGGAGAUUAUUCAGCGUAAACAGGGAAAAUAGUCUCUAAUCUUGACGAAUUUAAGAACGAAAAUUGAACAAGAUCGCAGCUUAACGACUAACAGCAGCACCUUACCAACACUAGAAUUCUUCUUGAAAAUUAGGCAAAAUAUAAUUAUACAUCCCUGUUGAACCCCAUAGCUAAUAACAGAGUAAAUAAAUAUGUUGAAAGUAGGAAACACCUUUUUCUACAUCCCAUUCAGUAAUAUAUUUAUUAUAAGUUACUAUUUUUCCUUAAUACGGUAAUCGAUAUUAAACUUAAAAAGCGGCUCUACCAAAUAUUCAGUGGACAGGAUCCUAAUGUGUAGUUAUCGUGUAGUUACCAUGUACACAAUUUAAAUUUUUUUAACCUUUUCUGUUUAAUCUGUAUUUCAUAAAUA